CGGAUCCAGAAGUAGAGCUGAAACUAACAGGGAUAGUUUUGUUCGAGCCAAAGCCAUGAGCAACUCCGAGAGUCACAUAAAACCCAUCUUCAAGCGAAAGACGAGCUUCUCCACUAAGAGCGCCAGCACCAGCGGCAAUAGCGGCGGCAGCCCUCCAAUCAUCAACUAUGAACGUAUGGAGGGAGAGAAUGCUGCCAAGGUUAUGCCGCCAUCAGCGGUGGGUCCACCGCCUCCACCACCCACUGGAGCACAUAGCAAACUCAUGAUAAAGUUGACCUCCUCAAAGAUUUCCCUGCGAAAGAACCCUCAGGAAAAGGGACAGAGACGGGUUCAGCAUCUACAGACCAUGCCCAUUGCCGAGGCAGUGCGUCGAAAGUCGGCCCCACAGCUGUUCAGUUUCACCAUUUCACCCAAAGUGGAGGGCACCUUGGCAGACACCCCAACAGUGCCCAAACUGGAGCUGAGAAACUGUAUACGACGCUCGAGGACCCUGGGAUUGCCAGCGCCGGUCCAACCCACGCUUAUGGAGAUACCCCUGGAUGAAGCGCAAGUGCCGGAUAGUGGGAGCGAGCGCAGCAGCAGCCAGGCCGGCGCGGGAGGUGGGAGCUCCACGUCGCCAGAGUCCCUGCUAGACAAUAUCUUGAGCGGUGCCUCGUCCGUGUCCGUGCAGAGCAGCAGCAGCCAGGCCAGCAAUGUGACCGUGGCCCAGCCGCAGAUCAGAGCCAAGGAGCAGCUGCAUCCCAAGCGAUUGCUGAGCCUGAAGGCCUCCCCCGAGCUGAGGGUCUCACCACCCACGCCGGACACCUCACAGCCCAGGCAGGAGAUGCUGCCGCGACUGCUACAUCCUUCCGUGAAGGGCCCUGCACGGCCACCCACUCUUGAGAUCUACAAUGCACAUAGUCCGAUGAACAUGAGUCGCUCUAACUCGCCUGCCAUCACGCCCUCGCCCUCACCCUCACCGAGCAUCACCCUGAGACCCAGUACUCCGCCAGGGACAUCAUUGAUCACCUUCACGGAUGAUCUCAAGUGCGCCAUCUGCAUGGAUGUCUACACGGAUCCGCGGACACUGCACUGCCUGCACUCCUUCUGCCUGCAGUGCCUGGUCAAUGAGAACUUCAAGGAGGAGGCCUCCGCCACAUGGGAUCAGUCCCAGAGCGAAGCUCUGGAUCCCUCCAACUACAGCCUGCGCUCGGAGAUGGGCGGAUCGAGUGCAGAGCUGGCGACGGUAUCCCCUGCCAGGCAGCGUGGAGCCAGCUUUAGUUUGAGGCGCAAAAAAUCCAUGGAUCGGUUGGUGGUUAGGUCCAAGAGCGAUGGCAAGCGAUCCACCAGUUCCUUUAGCACCCGGUUCACGGGCAGCUUUGUCAGCGACAUUGCCCCACGCUGUAUACGCUGCCAUGUCUGUCACUAUCCCACGGACGUGCCCCUGGGUGGUGUGCGUCUGCUGCCUCAGAAUUAUCUGCUGGUGAGGCGCAUCGAAGUGCUGCGACUGCAGGCGGGCGAAGAUGUCAUCUCGAGGGUGUGGUGUUCCCUCUGCAGCGAUGAGAUUAGUGCCACCUAUCACUGCAUCAGUUGCACCCUUAAUCUGUGCUCCCUGUGCAAAGAGGCCCACGAACGGCAGCGGUCUACAGCCAACCAUCGUAUGAGAAGCAUCCUGGAGUUAAGACGCGCCCGCAAGCAAAAGCAACAGCAGCUGGGACUGGGAGACAGCAGCAAGAUGGUCUUAAAGUGUGGCCUGCACACCAACUUUGAGCUGAAGGCCUUCUGUGUGGUGUGUCGACAGUUGGCCUGCACUGAUUGCCUGGUACUGCUCCACAAGGGUCAUAGGCAUGAAAACAUAGCCCGGGCUAUUGGGCAGCAGGGUAAGCUUCUACGAGAAGCCACCGAUCAGACGCGUCCGUUGUGCCAGUACGCCGAGCAUUCGAUCGAGCGACUGAACGACAUAGCCAGGGGCAUCAAUGCCAGAUGCGAUGAUAUACAUAGCCAGGUGGAGCGGCAUAUGCAGGCUUACUUCGAGGCAGUGGAAGUGCAUCGAAGGACACUGCUCCAGCAGAUAUGUCGCGCGAGGGAGUCCAAAGUGGAGAUUAUACUCAAGCAGCAGUUGGAUUUGGAAAAACGCACUCAGGAGGCCAUGGAUGCUGUACGGUUUAGUCAGGAGCUGUGCGAGAUCGGUGCCGAUGCGGAGAUACUCAGUUUUGUCGGAAUCCUCCUCAAACGCUUCGAGUUCUGUCAGCAAUUCAAGCCACCCGUGGAUCCCAAGAUCUCAGACUCUCUGCACUUUCUCCCCAAGAUUCGGGCACCAGCCACCAAGGAUCAGCGGGAUAUACCUCUCUAUGGCAUCAUUACCAUGCAGGUAGUGGAACCAUCGCUGUGCACUCUGGAGUGGGAGGGCUUCUCCCAACUGCGACUCCACAAAAAGGCCGAUCUCCUGCUGCACUCGCGUGAUGCCGAUGGUGUGUCCCUCUGUCAUGGCGGCCUGCAGAUCAAUUGCAUGAUCAAAUACAAGGACUCAACCUCCAAGUUUCUGCCCAUCGAAGUGUCGGACAAUCGUGAUGGCACCUACAAUAUCUCCUUCACGCCCGACUCCCAGGGUACUCUCAUCCUCACGAUCACCAUCAAUGAGCGGCCCAUCAAGAGCAGCCCCUUCACGUUCCAGGCGAGGCAAGUGCGUCCCCACACGGGCAUCUACCACUGCUGCUCCUUCUGUUCUGGCAAGGGCAGUAGGAGUGUGAAGUGCAGCUGCGAGGGACGUAUGCCCGGCUACAGUGGCUGCGGGCAUGGCCAUGCAGGGCAUCCAGGACGCCGUCACUGGUCCUGCUGUGGCAAUGUCCUAGAGAACUCGGAAUGUAAUGUGGCCAACAAGUUGUUGAAUGCAAAAGAAUAGUUAUUUUGCUGCCUAUUUCACUGGAGCCGUUGAUUUCUGUAGAACAAAAACUUAGUAAUGGCAUUACGGGAACCGCUUAGAUGUAACAUCCCAGUCGAAUACACAAUGAAUAAAUCAGGUCGAAAGACAGAAACUGUCUUCCAUAUGGAC